ACGCUCACAUUGGGAAAAAAGUUUACUGGAGUUGAUGAGCGGUGUUCUGUAGCGUCUCCCACGGUUCUCCUUUCCUCUAUUCGGGAAACCUCUCCUACUCGUCAGAAUCAAUGCGAAUCAGCAGCGAUAAGCGCGCUGAUGCUGUGCGGUCUGUAGCUUUCUAUUCUCUGGAGAAUAAGGACUAAACCCUCUGUUACACGUUUCUUCUUGCAUAGCUCUUCAGUGCAACGGGGAAGACAGACAACAUGAUUUGCUUUAUCUUCGUGGUUCUAUGUGGAUUGUCUGGCAGUGCGCUUGCAAAAGGUAAAGCCAAUAAGACAUCAUCUCUGUUCUCUCUCCCAGGUAAAGCCAGUAAGAUAUCCUCUCUGUUCUCUCUCCCAGGUAAAGUGGAUAGGGAGCCUAGGGGGAAGUUCAGUGUUCCUGUUCUGGAUGUGAAGAGUCGACAGCUGGUCCUGGAGGCCAACCAGACGCUGACGAUUCACUGCAGGGGUCGGUGGGAGCUGUCGUGGGUGUUCCCUGGAGGUGUGGCCAGAGAUAAAGAGAGUGUGCAAUUGGAGGAUUCUCGCUGUGGGAGGCAGAGCCAGCAUUACUGUAGCCAACUGAUUAUUAUCUCAGCCCAGGCCCAGCACACAGGAUCGUUCCGGUGUCGGUAUAGCCAGCGGACCCGCAAGCAGAGUGCUAUCUACAUCUAUGUCACAGACAGACAGCGGCCAUUUGUGGAGGAGCAGAAUAACAGUCCAGACGUGGUGUAUAUCAAGGAGAGCCAGCCGCUGGUCUUCCCCUGUAGGGUCACCCACCCUGACGCCACCGUGUCAUUGGUCAAGGUGAGUUCCCUUCACUAUUUCCACUACUAGCACUCCUGACUACAU